AUGAGCUGUCGCCGCAGAAAAGUAAAAUGCGACGGCCGCCGCCCUGCCUGCGGACAGUGUCGCAAAGGUACAAGCACCGCUUACGACUGCGAGUAUCCUGUGGAGGGUCGGAGCCGCACACAGCAGUUGGAGGAGACGGUCGUGCGGUUGAAAGCUAGGAUUGGGGAGCUGGAGGGCGGGCUGUUCGACGAUGUGAAGCGAGAGGAGCUGGUGUUGAAGCUCGAUAUGCCCAUGGUCAGUCCGCCGGGUUAUGAGUGGAUGUCGGCAAGGUCGCCUUCGCCGGAAAGUCCUGGCAGGGUGGCGACACCCUCGUUAUCUGGCGUUUCCACUGCUUCGAAUGAACCCUCGCCCGAGGUAGCCCUUCAGCUAGUCGACACCUUUCUCGAAUCAUUCACCCGCGCAGGCUUCGGAUUUUUCCUGUCCCCCAUCGCUCUCCGGCACCGCGCGGCCACAACGCAAUUCAUUCUCAACGGACGCCAUCCUGGGCCAGCGCUGCUCAACGCCGUUUACAUGUGGGGCACGCACCUCUCCUCGCCGUCGCUCCCCGGCUCCAAUUGCUCCUCGGGAGACACUUUCCUCGCGCAAGCACUACGGCACCUGCACGAUGAAGGGACGAAUUCGAUGACGGAAAUUUUAGACAGAAUACAAACGGAGAUCCUGCUGGCAUUGUACUUCCUCGCCCUCGGGCGUGCGCUGGAGAGCAGCUAUCACGCCACAGCAGCCAGCUCCCUUGCCUUGAGCGCCCGUCUACAUUGCAUCGGUGCCCCUCAUCCCAAUGUCACCUCCCCACUUCUUUCUGAGCUUCGGAGCCUUCACCUUUCGUCGUCGUCUGGGAAUGACGGCCCCUCUGAGACGGAGCGCGUAGCGGCGUUCUGGACCACGCUCGUUGUCGCCAAUUUCUGCGCCGCUGCACACGAGCCGAACGCCGGAGCUGCUGCACUGUCCAACGUGGACAUUUCUACGCCGUGGCCACAUAUCGAACGCAUUGUGCUGCCUACUCAGGCGGGCCCGUCUGGUGAUCAGUGGGCCUUGAGUCCAGAAUGGAUGGGGGACGCGUUCGCCGAGUUUGAUCCCGAGAUGCCUACGCUGCCCGCGUACACGGAUGCCGGCCUGAACACGAGCUUGUUGGGGGUGGGGCUGCACGAGCCAUCGUCGAUGGUGGAGUACCCUGUCCCCGCGUAUCACGAUCUGAGUCAGUUCUCCGCCGCUUUCCCAGCCUCCACCGCCGACGCACACUCUCCGGGGGUCGUACCGCAAUCCGGAGUGAUCCGCUUCCUCAACGGCGAGCCGGACGGCAGUGAAACAAAUCCAAGUCGGCUGACUUUAAUAGGGAAGUCGUCGAUCCUGCUCGAGAAGGCGGCGAGGAGCGAUCACCAUGACGCCGCCGCACUUGCGCUACUCGACACCCUGAUAGACCAUCACUUCGCGUCGCUACCACCCCUCGAUACCGCUGAGCGAUGCGACUUCGCCGACCACCUGAUGCACCUACUCACCCAUGGCGCUUCGCUCCGCCUUCACCAUCCCCGCUCCGCAAGCUGCGAGCGGUCGAGACAGAAGGCCCUCGCGGCUGCCCUUGCCACCGUCUGUGUCGGGCAUUCCCUCCAGGCGGCCCGAGUGGACGCGGCGGCGGCGGUGGUGAUGCCGAUUGUGCCUGUGUUACUCGAGAGUGCGGCAGAGGUUUUGCUUGGGGCCGCGCGCUUCGGUUCGGGCGAGGCUGGGGACACGCUUCCGGGCAUGGCCGGCAAGGAACUGCUUGCUGGCGUCGAGACACUGCUGGGAGCGUUGCGCGCGAUGCACCCGAGUCCGGUGAUUGAACGGCUUGUGGACCGUGUGCGACGGGAGUAUGAGUGCGUCGCUGCCGCGGGGAUGUAG